UCUAUUACCUUGCUGUCCAUUCUAAGCCUUAUUCUUUAUCCGCUCAAGAUUCAAGAUAUACAGGAGAACUGCACCAAGUCCAGGAUGUGGCUUUUCAUUGCCAUAGUAUUAUUAGUCCAGCAGGCUACAGAUUCAGAAGAACUCAAGAACAACAGACAUUUGAAUCCUCAAGUAUUUAUGACUGUUAAUGAAAUUAUCGAAUACUGGGGAUACCCAAGUGAAGAAUACGAAAUCCUGACUGAUGAUGGAUAUUAUCUGAAGGCAAACAGAAUUCCACAUGGAUUAUGCAAUCCUGGGAAGUCAGAGUCUAGGCCAGUUGUGUUAUUAGUACCUGGUCUUGUGUCUGAAGGUAGGUGCUGGCUUGCAAAUACUCCAAACAAUAGUUUGGGAUUUUUUCUAGCCGACGCUGGCUAUGAUGUAUGGAUAAUUAAUAACAGAGGGACCACGUGGUCUAGAAGACACCAGAACCUAUCAAUCAAUCAAGAAGAAUUCUGGAAUUUCAGUUUUCAUGAAAUGGCAAUAUAUGACAUUCCAGCAGCCAUCAACUUUAUCCUGCAGAAGACUCAGCAUGAUAAAUUGCAUUAUAUCGGCCAUUCCCAGGGCGGUGCAUUUGGUUUUAUCACCUUCACAGCCAUGCCACAAAUUGCUAAAAAAAUCAAGCUCUUUAUGUCUUUUUCUCCUCCCUAUACAUUGGUGCGAACCAAGGGACUCAUGAAAAUGGUUCUUUCACUUCAUGAUAAAGUCCAAACACGUAUGUGGGGCAAUAAGGAAUUCGUAUUUUUUAGUAGCAAGAUGAAAACCAUCAGUGCCAAUUUGUGCAGCUAUCCAGGAAUAGACAAACUUUGUCUCCAGCUAAUUUACUUUGUUGCAGGUUUUAAUGAGUAUAAUUUAAAUGUGAGUCGAUCAGAUGUUUAUAUGGGGACCUAUCCUGAUUUUACUUCCGUAAAAACCGUAAGACACUGGAGCCAGAUUGCUAAAUCAAAAGAAUUUAAAUAUUUUGACUAUGGACAUGAGAACAAAGUUGUGUAUAAUAUGACCAAGCCUCCUUUUUAUAAAAUAGAAGACAUGGUUGUGCCAACAGCUGUAUGGAGCGGUGGGAAGGAUAUUAUUGCAAAUUCAAAGGACAUUGAAGAAUUGCUGCCUCGAAUCACUAAUUUAGUUUUCUACAAAAACAUUCCUAGCUGGCACCACGCUGAUUUUCUUUGGGGUCUUGAUGCUCCCAAUCAGCUUUAUACUGAUGUGCUUGAUCUGAUGGAGAAAUAUAAAUAAAAAAAUUAACAUAGACUGUAAAUUACAUGUAUUACAUGUCAACAAUGAAACUUUAUUUUCAUAUUAUGUCAGAAAACCUCUUUUCACAUAACUCCUGAAUUAUACAUUAAUGAAAAAUAUGAGUUUACUUACUAUUUACCACUACUUUUUCUCUGGUUAGUCCCACCUGUAAACCUGCACCAGGCAGCAGAUUUGUAAGGCACUUCUUUUACUAGAAUGGACUCAAUAUUACUGAUACGUUGUGUAUUGUGUGUAUUGUUUUUCUCUCUGUUUAUCACUGUUCUGUCUGUUUGAAAGGCCGCCUUGAGUGACCUUCGGGCAGAGAAAGGCGGGACAGAAAUACUGUAA